AUUUGCAAAAAUAGACAACAAUUACAAGCCAUUUUCCAUUUUUCCGUUGCUCUGUUUUAACACUGAAAAGGAAUUAACCACAUGUACACAGGCCGAAAAUCUAUUUGUUCCAUUGUUCUUGUUUAUGUAUUUUUUUUUAAAUCAACUCCAAGCAAUGAGUGAAAAUGAGUCACAUUUUGGUUUGGGUUGUGUGUAAUUCACUAUGCAAUGAUGGGUCAUAUUCAUCUAAAUGUUCACCGAAUACACAAGGUUCAGGGUUCAUCAUCUAGAAUUCAGGAAUUCAGUUGUAUGCACGUUGGAUAAUUGUCCCAUGCAAUUGUUUACAAGAAAGCAGGAUGUAACAUAAAUAUCAAGAUCCUAAGUGAAGGUACAUGAAUUCAGGGCCUGCUCAUCUGUUAAUAACCUGUUAUAGUUUCAUGUACCUAUAAUCACUAGAUGGCGCUGUGGUACAGCUUUAAGGAGGAUAUACACAGAACUACACAGAACUCAGUAAAUGUAUAUUUAUAGACUUGCAAAGGUUACAAUCAAGUGAUCAGAUUAUUCAUCAAGGUAGCAAGUGAGUACAAGUUCCCAACAAAAUAACUGAAUGAUGUGAAAAUACAUAUAGGUAUGGUGUUGAUCAAACAUAUGUCAUACAAACAAUUCAUUGCGCUGUCAAUACGUAUGUUGCAUUACAUAAGUGUAAAUAGAUUUGUAUUGGAGUGUUUACUCUUUCUUUUUUUGUACAUUUUAUGUGAGACUUGUACAUUUCAAAAUUAGAUAUAAUAGGGUAUAACCAAAUUUAAAAUAUAUGUUUAUCCGGCAAUUUGGAAAGGGUGUCAGACCAUUAAAAUCAGCCUGGCGUCUCUGAUGAGCAUUAAUGAGUUGAGAGAAGAAGAGUGUUGGAUCAUGCCAACGCUGAGGAGCUACACAAAGAGUACACAAGACUGUUUAAUUGCCAAUUAGAAUGACACAAAACUACUCACGAAAUGUAUAAAUGUGCACAGAGCUUCGCAAGGGCUUUGGUGCCUUUUCUGUGAAGUCAUUAGACAUUCUGGGCACUUGCUACUCUUGCUCUGAGAGAGAGAGAGAGAGAGAGAGAGAGUACAGAGAGAGAGAGCGAAGAGAGAAUGGAGAGGGAAAUAAUCUAUUCCCUUGAGGCAGCAGAACCAACAUUUGAAGAUUCAAUCCUUUAUAGGUGUUUCAUGAUCCUUCAGGUGAACUAUUUGUUGUUAAAAAUCAAUUAAAAAAUCAAAUCUGUUGAUGGGGGCUGUAUUUCACUUGCCUUAUUUUAUCCCCAUUUACAAAUAGAGCAGUUAUCACAGAGCUUAAGAACACCUGGGCUGUUUUUAUAGUUAUGCCUGUUAUGUGUGGCACAGAAGAAAGUACACAGAGAGACUAAUAAGAAUUGGCAGCACACUCGCCAGACACAACUGUGCAGGGACUGUGUCUUAGCAAAGUCCCGGCUGCCGUGGUAACGGUAAAAAAGAGUGCUGCAACCCGAAAGGAGGCGAUCUCAUAACAAGGGGGCGGGAGGCAGAGGAAAGGGGGAAGAGGUGGGGUGCACGAGAAAGAGGGCGAGAGAGGGAGAGAGAGAGAGAGAGAGAGAGAGAGAGAGAGAGAGAGAGAGAGAGAGAGAGAGAGAGAGAGAGAGAGAGAGAGAGAGAGAGAGAGAGAGAGAGAGAGAGAGAGAAAGAAAGACAGACAGAUGGGGGAAAAUAAUGGAAAUAGGGGUAGAGAUAAGACAGGAGAGAGAAAAACUGCAGGGGAGUCUCUCCAGUUUGAUAGGAAGAGUGUAGCGUAGAAGAGGUGCUCAGAGCAGUUGACUGGCCGUGCACUCACAGCACAGCCUCUCAAUCAGUGCACUUGGCUAUGCUUAUUCAGGAAAAACACACACACAUACAAAAACACACACAAGGAGGAAGGAGCUGGGAGCUGGGAAGGCAGCCCAGGAGAAGGAAACCAAAUGGGGCAGAGCGCCUGAGUUUAAGAUCCAGCAGCUGUCUCAAGGGGGGCAGGGGGGGCCUCCAGACAAGCACCGGCCAGCCAGUCAACGGGCCAGCCAUGGGGAGCUACCAGGCAGCAGACAGAGAGGGGAGAAACCAGAAGAGCAUGUACCCAGCAGGACAGACCCUACCAGCAGCACUGCAGCUCCCCAACACCAGACUGCCACUACCAGAGAUGCAAGACAAUCGGGCUGAGUGGGUGCUGACUAAUUAGCUCUCACCCCUGAGCGGUUUAACCAGGGGUUGAAGGGGGGUUGCGGUCAACAGAUGUGGUCGUUGCGGAGGGCCAUGGGGCCAGAGCCAUCGCGGGGGCGCUGUCUGCUCAGGUGGCUCGGGAUGAAGGUGUGCCGCAGGAGCACGCUGGUGUUCGCCCUGCUCUGGUUCGGCUCCUGGGUGUUCCUCAAUGGCCUGGUGUUUGUGCACCGGACCAUCCUCUCCGACUACUGCACGGAUGACAAGAGCAAGAAGAUCCUGCAGAGAGUGGUGAGUACAGUACAUGGAGACGGCGGACUCACACUUCCAUUUCGAUGUUGACACUGAACUUGAGUGUGAGGAGUAUCGCGAGGGCGCCCUAACCGGUGACCUGUGCGAGGACCUGUGCGUGAGCGGCCAGGUGGAGUACAGGCGCUGCCUUUACUACGAGAACGGUAAGAAGGUGAUCGAGGCCCGGUGGCGUGGCACGCCCGUGGUGCUCAAGUCCAAACUGGAAAACUUCUCCUCAUAUGAAAGCCUGGGUCUCCUGGAGUACCAGGACCCAGCCGAAGAGCUCUCUCCCCUGGACGUGGUCUUCUACGCCACCCUGGAGAUCAGGAACUCCCUGGGGCUGGAUAUAAGCGGCAACACCUCUCUGCCGCCGCUGUGGGGUCAGAGGCUUAGGGAGCAUGGGCAGGCCUACUCGCGGGCCGAACUAGCAUCGCUGUGGUCCCUGCUCCAGCAGGAGGAGUACACUUUCCUGAGGGUGCUGCAGGACCUCAGCCGCCACUUAGCCAAGGUGUUGGGCUCCUGCGGACACUUCUACGCUGUGGAGUACCUGUCGGCAGGCCACGCCUGGGACCAGAACAUCUUCUCGCUGGAGGAGGUAUCGGCGGGCCCACGGACGGCGAGGGACAUGGUGCACCGCAUCGCCCUCAGCUUCCUGGACAUGGCGUGGCGCUUCGACAACGACUUCUCGCACCGCCUCCACCUGUGUGACAUCAAGCCGGAGAACUUUGCUAUCCGGAAGGACCUUACGGUGGUGGCUAUAGAUGUGGACAUGGCCUUCUUCGAGCCCAAAAUGCGAGACAUCCUUGAGCAGAACUGCACUAACGACGACGACUGCAACUUCUUUGACUGCAUAUCCAAAUGCAACAUGAAGACGAACAAGUGCAGUUCCAAGCGGAGAAAUAGCAACCUGCAGGUGAUCUGUGAGAAGAUCUUUAGGCCCUGGUUCUCUCCCACGCUGCUGGGCGCCAAGGCGGGCCUCCCCCCCCAGGUGGACCUCCAGCGGGCGGUGCAGGAGUGCGUAGAGACUGCGGGGGGCGAGGACGAGGAGCAAGACCGGGCUGUCCAGAAGCGGCUGCUAGACCUCCUCACGGGCCUCCUCCACCAAGGGACAUCCUCUGAUCAUUGGGGCAAAGGGGGAGAAGAUAGAGAGGGCAUUCACCCUCACACAGCUCUUAACUUCUGAAGCAUUGCACUGUUCCCCCUCACAAAAACUAUUCAGUGGAGAAACCAACAGUAUUCGCUUCAUGAGACGCUAAUUUAACAUUUUUUUUAUGUUUUGCAUUUUGUGAGGUGGUUCCUGAGGACUGGAUGAUACUGGUUUUUGAAGUGACAAAAAAUGCUCUGAUGCUGUUAGCACUGACUAUGUGCUUUAGUACCUACAGUAAGCAGACUAUGGCAGUUUCAGAGGUAUUACUGUAGCAUCUGCCAAUAACUGAUGGUCUAUCAAGCAAGUGGUCAAUCUAUUUGAGUCAUCUUUACCUCAAAUAAAUGCAGAAACUUUCUUUUGACCCUUUUGUACAGUCGGCCUAUAAUCUCAUGAUCACUUCAGAGCUUUUUGAAAAUGUUUUGCAAUGUCUGUAUGAACGGAAGGUUUGUAGUCAUGCACCCGCUUGUGAUCCACUAGCCAAAACCACAGCUGCCUGUUGUCAGGUCCACCUUUUGUUUCAAGUAACAUGUCAACACUUUCCAGGCUAAUGGACGGGGAGAAGCAUAUAUCAGAAACUGCGCUUGGUUCCCACCAUCCGGCCUGGUCGCCUGUUCCAAUGGGAAAUAGCGAUGCUGCUGUGCGAGUACUCCCCUUAUUUCUUCAGUGGCCUUAGCUUCCAAAAAAAUCAGGUUCCCUAGGUUCUCCAGCUGGUUCACCACAGGACAGAGGGAGGAAAUAAGAUGAAGAACAGGCUUUGGACAGGAAGGGAGGGUGGGAUGGGGGGGGCAAACACAUCUCAAUCUCCAUCUCAACCAAAAAUGUACGUAAAAGUAUCGGAUUAAAUCAAGUCAAACUUUGUUUAAAGUGCAUUUAAGGUUUGAUUUGACUUUAACUUGAUUUUUGGUUGAGAUGGAGAAGUGAAUACAACACAAGUAUUAUUAACAUGUAGAUUCCAUUUAAAAUCAUCUAAAGCUUGAAACCCUAGGCAUAUCCCACUGUGGAUAUGGUUGGAAAACUCGUUUAUUAAUCAACAUUGUUUCCACGUCAUUGCAACCCAAAAUAUUUGUAUGAGUACGUGAAAACAAAUUGGGUUUGCAAAAUGUCAUCAAAUUAAGGGCAUUUCGUAUUUUUUUCACCCAACUUUUAACCUAAAUGACAUUUUUUGGUUGAAAAGGAGACUUGAAUCCAACAUAUCAAUUAUUAAUUUGUAGACAAACUGGAUUUAAUACCAGACUCAGAGGCACAGAUGGAUAUAUCCAAGAAAAAUAAACGUCUCCUUCAAAUGUUGAUAUUUGAUUGCGAUGCACGUUAAAUAGUCUAUUAAUGGUCAACAAGUUAACAUAUGAUAUGAGGAUUCACGUCUCCAUCUCAACCAAAAUUAAAAGUUAAAGAAAUAAAAUAAUAGGAAUAAGCCAGUGGCUCAGAUCUAACUAUCUAAGCAGUAGAUGCAUAUCCUUUAAAUGUUGAUAUUUGGAUACAGUGUCAACCCCCUUUUCCCUUUCCCAAACACACAAGCUGCGUGUGGGUAAAAUCACAGAGGAACCCCCCUCCAAAAAAGCCAUUUUGCAACCUACAGUGCAUUCGGAAAGAAUUCAGACCCCUUGACUAUUUCCUAAUUUUGUUAAGUUACAGCCUUAAUCUAAAAUGGAUUAAAUACAUUUGUUUCCUCAUCAAUCUACACACAAUACCCCUUAAUGACAAAGCAAAAACAGUGUUAAAAUGUUUAUUGCAAAUGUAUUACAAAGAGUCUCGAAAUUGAGGUCAGGCGCAUCCUGUUAUUUUUAUACAUUUCCCGAAAUUCUAGAGCUCUGUCAGAGUGACCAUCGUGUUCUUUGUAACCUCCCUGACCAAGGCAGUUCUCGCUCGAUUGCUCAGUUUGGCCUGGCGGCCAUCUUUAGGUAGAGUCUUGGUAGUUCCAAACUGCUUCCAUUUAAGAAUGAUGGAGGCCACUGUGUUCUUGGGGACCUUCAAUGCUGCAGACAUUUUUGGUACCCUUCCCCAGAUCUGUGCCUUGAAACAAUCCUGUCUCUGAGCUCUACUGACAAUUCCUUCAAACUCAUGGAUUGUUUUUUUCUCUGACAUGCACUGACAAGUGUGAGACCUUACAAGUGUGUACAGGUGUGCCUUUCCAAUCAAGUUGUAGAAAUUUCUCAAGGAUGAUAAAUGGAAACAGGAUGCACCUGAGCUCAAUUUCGAGUCUCAUAGAAAAGGGUCUGAAUACUUAUGUAAAAAAUGUAUUUCCAACAUGUCUAAAAGCGUGUUUUCGCUUUGUGUGUAGAUUGAUGGGGAUUUGUUUUUAUUUAAUCAAUUUAAGAAUAAGGCUGUAACGUGACAAAAUGUGGAAAAAGUAAAGGGCUCUGAAUACUUUCCGAAUGCACUGCAACUACUGUAGCUGAUAAUUAUGAAGUAAAAUGGAUGUUUUAUGUAUAUCUUCUUUCUUCUCUGUUGCUAUUGUCCUGGUUGAAAGACGGUUCAGUGAAUGGGUAAGUACACAGGUCAAUAGGGCUAACUGGCAAGCCAGCUAGCCACGAAAAAUGUACAUCUACCUUGCUUAACAUUAAUUUUAGGUCAUUUGUGCCCAUUUAACUAGCUGGCUAGCUAGAUUAUUACGGUUCACACAUCUAGCUGAUAAUUAUGAAUUAGAAUGUUUGCUUUGUGUACAUCUUGUUUCGCCUAUUGUUACCAUUGUCCUGGCUGGAAGAAGUAUCAGUGAAUGGGGAGGUGAAGAGUGAGGUUAUACAGUAGGGGGAGUGUGAGUGUUUCUCAAAUGUAAUGUUCUAUGUGUUCUCGGCCUCACAAGAACCUACUCAGGCUAUAUCACAUCCGGCCGCGAUUAGGAGUCCCAUAGGGCGGGGCACAAUUAGCCCAGUGUCGCCCAGGUUUGGGGGCAGGCUGUCAUUGUUAAUAAGAAUUUGUUCUUAACUGACUUGCCUAGUCAAAUAAAGGUUAAAUAAUAAAUAACUUUGAAGAUGCAAAA